AUGGCCGCGCGAGCGCGGUGGUGCGUCGCCCCGCCUCGGGCGGUUCCCCGACGACGCGCGGGCGGGGACGCACCCGGACGCGCGCGUCGUCGGCGCGGUCGCGGCGCGAGCGCGCCGAGAGCGGCGGACGGUCCGCCGCCCGCCGAGGCGGCGUCGGAGUCCAUCGCGGUCUCUACAGGUAGGUCCGCCUCGGACGACGCCAAGACGGAGCUCUGGGAACGAUGGUGGUUCGAAGCCCGCAACGCGGACGCGCUCGCGGUCCUCGCGAAGAUGCCCGGCGCGGACGUGAACCGCAAGACCCGGCCGCGGAUCGACCCCAAAGGGAAGGUCGCGUUCGACCCGGGCGGCCUCACCGCCUGCGCGCUCGCCGCGCAGCGAGACGACGCGGCGUCGAUCCGCGUCCUCGCGUCUCUGGGCGCGGAUCUGAACGCGCGCGAUGCGAACGGCGCGUGCGCGCUGCAUCACGCCGCGUUCGCGGACGCCGCGGACGCCGCGGACGCGCUCGUCGACCUCGGCGCGGACGCGAACGCGCAGGACGCGCGCGACGGCAGCACCGCGGUCAUCCUCGCCGCCUACGGCGCGCGAAGAGAGACGCUCCGAAGGCUCGUCGCGAGACACCCCGUCGUCGAUCUCUCUCUCCGCGACGUCGGGAACGCGACCGUCGCGGGGCACUGCGCGCAGCGGAGGCUCGCGGACGAGCUGCUGACGAUCUUGAAGCUGUGCGGCCCGGGCGGCGCGGGGAGGUUGUUGCGAGGGGAGAAGGUGUAUCUCGGGAAGCGGCGCGAGCUGACGGGGCAGCUCGAGACGCUCCCCGCGCGUCCGCACCUCGCCGAGUUGUGCGAAGCGUGGGGCGCGCGCGUCGCUGAGGGGGACGAUAAGAAGGCGCUCAUCGCGAAGCUGUUGCAGCGCACGCCGUGAGUAUUCGUCGUUCGUGGGGUUAACCCUUAGUCGUAGAACUGCUACAGUAGCUAUCGUAGGGUACAACUACGGUACUCGUUCAUCGCGCGGCGUUUCUCUUGGCGGCGAGCGCCUCGACUUUCUUACGCAUCCGCCACAUCCACUCGUCCUCCUCGUCCCUCCGUUCCCCGCCCGGGCCGGACAUCCCCGGGAUGGACCUCGAGACGAAGCGGAGACUGGCGCCCAUACGAUCCCGAUCGCGAGAUGCUGCACGAUGGCCGUCGCCCUCGCCGCCGCCGGACGUCCCCGGCCGCGACUGACUGGAGAAUUUGCGCAUCGACGCCGACGCGCGCGACCGGCGCGCGUCUUCCAAAUCUUCCAUCAACCGCGUCGACGCCUUCGUUCGUCCGCCGGCGCCGCUCGCGCGCAGAGAACUGAAGCCGUACCGCCCACCCGUCUCCUCGCGCAUCAGCCGCUCGUACGACGCGCGGUCGUUAUCGUAGCCGCG